AAGCACUUCCGAUGCCCGAAGAUCUCAAGCUCGCAAACGUGACUGAUGAAGCUGCGCUGAUCUCCUGGGCACCCAUUGAAGGUGCCAAAGAUUUCCAUGUCACGGUGGAUCCAGAGGGUCCGGAGGUUGUCCCAACAGAAGCGGGUAAAACCGCCUCAGAGCGGGUACUGCGUGGUCUGCAGUCUGCCAGCGACUACUGGGUCACCGUCACAGCCAAAAACGAAAAGGGAGAGAGCAAUGAAUCUCAGACGUUCUCUUUCAAAACUAUGGCCUUGUCCACUCCGUCCGGGUUCAAAACCAGCCACGUGACGGACUCUACAUGCGUGCUGUCCUGGACAUCCGUCUCUGGUUCUGAAGACUACACGGUAAAAGUUCAGCCCCAGGUCGGAGAAAUAGCUGUACCCCCAGCGGGCAAAUCCGCCUCGGAAAGGCACCUGAAGGGACUGAAGGGAAAAACUAUCUACACGGUUACCAUUGUGGCGACGAGCAGCAAGGGAACGAGUGCAGAGAGUCAGACAUUCACAUUUACAACAGCAGAGCUUUCAUCGCCCUCUGGUGUUGAAGUGUCCUCAGUGACCGCCUCAGGCCUAGAGUUGGCGUGGACUCCCGUACCCGGUGCCAUUGACUACAUCGUCACAUCGGAGCCGGACGCCAGGGUUUCUCCCGGGGAAGGUGGCAAGAGCGGCGCCAAGAGAACGGUGUCUGGUCUGGAACCUGGAACUGAGUAUACAUUCACGGUAGUGGCCGUCAGCACGGAGGGCUCUAGUGCCGCAUGUGAACCUGUUAAAGUUAAAACCAGAGUUCUGGACACGCCUGCGAAGAUUGAGGCGGCCACAGCAACCACCAACACGGCAGUGAUCACGUGGACGGCUGUGAAGGGGGCUACUGACUACAAGAUAAGGGUGGAGCCUCCGGGAGCUGAAGUUUCGGUAGACAAGGAGGGACCGGCCGCUCCUAAGAGAAUACUGAAGGGACUUCAUCCUGACACGCAUUAUCAUGUGUACGUCACAGCCAUCAGUGCCGCUGGGGAGAGCACACAGUCAGAAGCGUUGGAGAUCCAAACUGCUGCGCUGCCUAGCCCUACGCGUGUAAGCGCACCCACAGUGACGGAUAGAAACGUGAUCGUCUCCUGGGCGCCGACAGAGGGUGCUGAAGAGUACAUCGUUAAAGUGGAGCCUGAGUGUGAGGUUGUACCGACAGCAGGAGGGCCGGGUGCUCCUGAGAGAGAACUCAGGAACCUGAAACCCGCCACAGAAUAUACCAUCCGGAUAGCUGCGAAGGGACCGCUGGGAACAAGCGCCGACAGUGAACCUUUACCGAUCCGGACAAACGCACUUCCUGCUCCUUCUAAGGUCGAGGUGCCUUUCGUCUCCGAUAAGGAAGUAAGAGUGUCCUGGCCGGCAGUGCCUGGUGCUACCGACUACCACGUCAAGACUCAGCCGGAGGCCAGUGUCCAGGCCGGGGAGGGAGGUCCAGGUGCGCCGGAGAGGAUCGUUACCGGACUGAAACCUAACACAGAGUACAGCAUCAGGGUCGUGGCGCUCACACAGAAGGGCAGCAGCGGACUGACUGAACCUGUGAAAGUUACGACAAAAGCUCUGGAGACACCCUUCAAGAUCCAGCCUACUUCAACAACUGCUGACACUGCCGUGAUCACCUGGACGGCCGUGAAGGGAGCUACUGACUACCGGGUAGUUGUAGAACCCUCCGGACCUGAAGUGGCAGUAGACAAGGAGGGACCAGCUGCUCCCAAGAGGAUACUGAAGGGCCUGCGUCCUGAUACUGAGUACACUGCCUAUGUGACGGCUAUCGGCGCUGCUGGGGACAGCACGCAGUCAGAACCCUUCAAGCUGAAAACUCCAGGUCUACCCGUUCCGGCACGUCUUGGCACACCGACCGUAACAGAUAGGAGCGUGAUCGUCUCCUGGGCGCCGACAGAGGGUGCUGAAGAGUACAUCGUUAAGGUGGAGCCCGAGUGUGAGGUUGUACCGACAGCAGGAGGGUCGGGCGCUCCUAAGAGAGAACUCAGGAACCUGAAACCCGCCACAGAGUACAUCGUCAGGGUAGCCGCCAAGUUUCCUCAAGGAACGAGCGCUGAGAGUGAACAUUUGGCGAUUCGUACAAAUGCACUUCCUGCCCCUGCCGGUGUCGAUGUGCCUUUCGUCUCCGACAAGGAAGUAAGAGUGUCCUGGCCGGCAGUGCCUGGUGCUACCGACUACCACGUCAAGACUCAGCCGGAGGCCAGUGUCCAGGUCGGGGAGGGAGGUCCAGGUGCGCCGGAGAGGAUCGUUACCGGGCUGAACUCUAAGACGGAGUACAGCAUCAGGGUCGUGGCGCUAACACAGAAGGGAAGCAGCGCCUUGUCAGAACCCGUUAAAGUGACCACUAAAGCACUUCCACGACCGAAUGAGGGCAAAGUCAAAUCGGUUACAGACAACAGCGCCAUCAUUACAUGGACCGGUAUACAGGGGGCUGCGGACUACCAGGUCUCUGUGGAGCCCAAAUGUGAGGUUAAGCAAACUAUAAAAGCUUCAGCCCCGGAGAGGGAGCUGAGGGGUCUGCUGUCAGGCACGGAGUACACCGUCACCAUCACAGCUGUGGGGAAGGCCGGAACAAGUGCCGUGUCGGAGCCACUUAUCGUCAGAACCAAAGCACUGCUGCCUCCCACGGGUGUAGGAGCCUCCUCCGUGACGGACUCCAGCCUUCUCCUGGCCUGGAAGCCCAUCGAAGGCGCCACGAGCUACAUCAUCAGCGCGGAGCCGGAUAAGGCCCGGGUGCAGUUGGUGGACGACGCCAAGGGGAAGGCAGCCCCCGAGCGGCUGUUGACUCAGCUAUGGCCUAACACAGAAUACACAUUCACCAUCAUAGCUGUCAACAACGACGAGUCCAGCAUGGACUGCGAGCCUUUCAAAGUCAAAACUCUAGCAUUGUCAAAGCCGUCAAGAGUGACGGCUGGAAAAGUAGGAGACACAUCGGCUUUCCUGGAAUGGGCGCCAGCUGAGGCUGCGACAAACUACGUACUGACAGUCACCCCUACAGCGGAGGUCGUCCCGACUGACAAGGGUCCGUCCGGUGCUGAGAGGGUGCUGAAGGGCCUGAAGACAAAUACGGAGUACACCGUUAGCGUUACCGCGAAGAACCCAGAUGGCACCAGCGCUCCUUCGGAUGAGUUUGUCUUCAAAACAAAAGCGUUACCGUCACCCGAGCAGCCCAGCCAAGGAGCGGUCACCGACACUUCCGCCACCGUUUCCUGGGCCGCAGUACCAGGGGCGUCCGACUACGCCGUGAAGGUGGAGCCUGAAGGACAGGUUAUGGAGACCGCAGAAGGAGCGGGAGCGCCCGUACGGCAGAUCCAGGGACUGAAACCCGGCACAGAGUACAAGGUUGUUGUGUCAGGAAAGGGCGAGAAGGGCGACGGUGCGGAAUGUGAACCAAUCGUCAUCAAGACUAACCCUUUGCCCUCCCCAUCUUCCGUCAAACCCACCUCGAUGGAGGAUAACAAGCUGACCCUGGCCUGGUCGGCUGUACCUGGAGCUACUGACUACAAGAUUGUGUCCAGUCCCGAGGACGUGCAGGUGGUAACACGGAAGGGCGGCCGUGCUGACUCCGAGCGGGUCAUCACUGGUCUCCGCCCCGGUACGGAGUACUCCUUCUCCGUGGUCGCUCUGUGUCCUGACGGAAACAGUGCACAGACAGAACCAGUCAAAGUCACUACAAGAGCAUUGCCAACUCCGGGUGGUGUGAAGGCCGGUACCGUAGGAGACAGCACCGCCACAGUCGUCUGGUCCAACGUUCCAGGAGCAUCUGACUACUCGGUGCAGGUGGAACCGGCAGGCGAAGUUGUUGUGACCAAAGAAGGGCCCGCGGCUCCGGUAAGGGAGAUCAGGGGCCUUCAGGCUGGUCAGGAGUACAAAGUUGCAGUCGUCGGAAAAGGACCGAGUGGGGAGAGUGCACCUUGUGAACCCAUCUCCAUCAAAACUAACACCCUUGCUACUCCAUCCGGCCUUAAGCCGUCGACCGUCGAUGACAACAGUGUGACCCUGGCCUGGACCUCCGUGCCAGGUGCAACAGAUUACGUCAUUUCCGGAGUGCCUAAUGGUGCUAAGGUGUCCCCGGGUAAGGACGGCCCUGCAGGUGCCGAGAGAGUCGUCACGGGUCUGCAGGCAGCGACGGACUACUCCCUCUCCGUAACAGCUGUCAGUUCUAAGGGCGAAAGUGGCGUUGGACAGCCACUAAGAGUCACGACAAAAGCACUUCCAACUCCCGGUGAUGUGGCGGUCAGCUCAUCCGCUGACAGUGCUACCAUCAGCUGGGCACCUGUUCCUGGUGCUAGGGACUAUGAAAUAGUCACCGACCCUCCCGCAGAGGUCUCACCAACAGAAAAGGGACCCUCUGCAGCCGAGAGAGUGGUCAAGGGCCUGAAGCCAGGCACGGAUUACGAAGUCAAGAUUGCUGCCACUAACGAUAAGGGUGUAAGCAACCCAUGUCGGCCAGUGAAGUUCUCUACGAAAGCUUGCCCAAGGCCAACGGGUGUGAAGUCACCAUCUGUAACUGACAACCAGGCGACCAUCACAUGGAGUCCCGUACCUGGUGCGACCGACUACCGCGUGCUCGUGGAGCCGGCGGAAGGAUCCGUGAAGCUGCCCACUGGGGGACCAGGGGAGGCGGAGAGGACCUUAGUAGGACUGACAGCUGGAGCGGAGUACACGGUAUCGGUGAUUGGCAUGACGGAGAAAGGCUCUGGAGAGGCCAGCGAACCGGUCAAGAUUACCACAAGAGCAUUACCUGCACCGUUGGGGGUGAAAGCCUCAGCGGUGAAAACGACGUCGGUUACGUUGUCGUGGUCUCCCGUCACUGGCGCCCAAGAUUACCGGGUCGAAGUGGUGCCGAAGUGCGGCAGAGUCAUGCAACCUAUCGGCGGACCCGCAACUUGGGAACGCAAGAUUAUAGACCUCGAACCUCAUCAAGAAUACGAGUUCACCGUGGUCGCCAUACAAGAUAAAGAAGAAAGUCUUCCUUCAAAAACUCUGAAAGUAACCACCGUCCCGGCAGACAAAGUGGAAACAAAGGUUCAGAAAAAGGAGGAGGUCAAGGUCGCAAAAGAGGAAGCAAAGCCUGUUACAGCUGAUGAGAAAGUGGUACCUCCAGCUGCGCCUGCGCAAUUGAAACCAACGGAACCAGCUACUGUACCAGCAAAGGCAGAGGCACCGGAAGAAAAGGAAAAGAAGGAAGCUCCUCCAACACCUGAAGCGAUUACUCCUACAGUGGAAAAGAAACCCGAAGAGAAGUUGCCACCACCAGCCUCCAAAGUAGAAGUUAAGCCUACAGCAGAGGAAAGGGUGACUGAGGUGACACCUGACAAGGCCGUCCCAAAACCUACCGAAGUGGAACAGAAACGCGAAGAAAAACCGCCUCCAACCGUACCAAAAGCAGAGGUUAAGCCUUCAGUUGAGGAGGAACGCCAUGAACAAGCAAAGCCAACAUUGCCUGUGUCUGUCCCAACAGACAGACCAGUCGCUGUCGCCCCAACUGACGUAAAAGAGGCCAAGAGACCCAUUGAACUAGAAGAGCAAAAGCCGGUGGUACCAAGUAAAGUCGAGCCGGUAGAAGUAGAUAGGGAGGUGGUUGUCGUCAAGACACCCUCUGAGACAACUCAAGACGUUGAACAGGUUACAGAAGUGGCCGAGAAAGUAUCGAUUGAAGAGAGGCCAUCAGAAACCCCAACAGAGAAGGUUGUCGAAGAAAAAGCGAAGGAGGCUGCUUCGAAGGCGCCCACUGAGGCAGGAGGUGCGGUCGCCAUCAAAGAUCUAGAGAUACCAGAACCAUCAAAUCUCACAACAGACAAAGGUGUCCCUGUCAAGGUAGAUGUCCCUGUCAAGGAAGAUGUCCCCUCUCCUGUCGAGAAAGGUAGAGAAGCUGCAGUUCCUCCCAAGAUCCCUCACGAGGAAGUCAAGAUUACCCCUGAGGAACAGCAAGUAGAGGUGGCAAGCAAAGAAGUGGAGAGAAAAGAGCCCAGUGAUACUGAGAGGAAACCGUCGGGAAAACCGACGGAGCCUCCAGUCCACAAGAAACCAGCAGAGACGGCUCCUUCCACCACCCCAGCAAUCCAGGAAACUCUACCAACGGAGAAACCACCGCAGGCGGUAGCCACCACCCAAGUAGAAGAGGCACGAACACCAGAGAAGCCACAGGACGAAGCUUCAUCAACAGAAAAAGGAGAAGCUAUUGUCAAGAAAGAACCGGCUCCUCUUACUGAAAUACCCAAGAUGGAACCUUCUGCCAAACCUAAAGCCCCUCAAGCCAAACUAAAAGAAGAGUUAGAACCAAAGCCAGGUCUGCAUGAAAAGAUGACUGAACUUCAACGACUAAAACAAGCCGUACCAGCGGAAAAGCCAUCGGUCCAAGAAAAACUGGAAGAAAGGCCGACAACAUUAGAAGCAGUAGAGGAGUUGAUGGGAGCUGUCGCGGUCCCCGGACCCGGCGCGGUUCCAAAAGGCAAGAAAGAACAACCCCGGGACGCCAUACCGGAGGGCGAUGCCGCGAAACCCGAGGCCGUUGUCGCUAAACCAAAAGAAGCCGCUAAAGCGCUCCCAGCUCCUGGUGAUGUGAGGGUGAACCAUGUGUCAGAGUCCGGCAUGUCGCUGGGCUGGGCGCCUGUCCCCGGCGCUAACCGAUACGAAGUCGCCGUUCAGACAGAAGGAAUAGAACUUCUCACAGGAAAGACGACGAACGUAGAGUACCAGAUAGACGGUCUAAAACCGAGCAAGAAGUAUCAUUACAGUGUAACUGCCAUUGGACCUGACGGAACCAGAGGUGCCCCCAGCAAAACAUUCCAUCAGAUCACGAAAGCCCUAUCCGCACCCAGUGGCAUCAAGCCGUCGUCGCUGACGGAAACUGGCGCCACCAUCGCCUGGAAGCCCGUCCCCGGCGCCACCAACUACAGCGUGUCGGUGUCUCCGGCCCACGGCAGGGUCGUCGAGAGCAGCGGCGGGGCGGCCGGCGCCGAGAGACGGCUGACCGACCUGAAGCCGAACACGGAGUACACAGUGUCCAUCGCCGCAGAGGGAGUCAAGGGAACCAGUGCCACCUCUCCACCAGUUGUGAUCAAAACCAAAGAUGACGAAGAAAGAAAAAGACGGGAAGCUGAAGAACUCAGGCAAAAGCAGCAGAAAGAGGAGGAAGAACGAAAACAACAGGAACUCCUGAAACAGCAGAAAGAGGAGGAACAGAAACAACAGGCCCUUCUCGACAAGCAACGGAAGGACGAAGAACAAAGAAAGCAACAAGAACUUCUUGACAAACAACGAAGAGAAAAAGAGGAAAAGGAGCUUCUCGAAAAGCAAAGAAGAGAAGAAGAAGAAAAAAGAAGACAACAGGAACUUCUCGACAAACAGCGCCAAGAAGAAGAAGACAAGAAGCGCAAGGAACUUGCUGAGAAGGAGAGAAUAGCAGAAGAACAAAGAAAACAGGAGCUUCUCGAUAAACAACGCCAAGACGAGGAGGAGGCCCGGAAAAAGAAAGAACUCCUCGAGAAACAACGAAGAGAAGACGAAGACACGAAACAAAAAGAACUCCUCGAGAAACAGUGCAAGCUUGAAGAAGAGAAAAAACAAAAGGAACUUCAAGAAAAACAGAGAAAGGAGGAGGAACAGAAGAAACAGCUGGAAAAGCAGCGCAAAGAGGAAGAAGAUCGCAAACAAAAAGCUCUCCUCGAAAAGAAACGCAAAGAGGAGGAGGAGCGAAAACAAAAGGAACUUCUUGAAAAACAAAAGAAGGAAGAAGAGGAGAAAAAACGAAAGGAACUCGAUAAGAAAAGGCUAGAAGACGAGAAGAAAAGAAAAGAACUGGAAAAGCAGAAAGAAGAAGAACGUAAGAAGAAAGAACUUCUCGAGAAAAAGAAGAAGGAAGAAGAACAAAAGCAGAAAGAGCUCCUCGAGAAAAAGAAGAAAGAAGAAGAAGAUCAGAAAAAGAAACAGCUCCUCGAAAAGAAGAAGAAAGAUGGAGAAGCCGCUGCAGCUGCUCCCGAGGAGAAAGUAAAGAAAGUUCCCGCCUGGUUAAAGCGCAGACAGGAGGAAGAACAACGGAGGAAAGAGGAGGAAGAAAAAGCCAAAGCACGGGCUGGAGAAAAGAAAGUUCCUGCCUGGAUGAAAAAAAGACAAGAGGAGGAGGAAAGGAGAAAGAAGGAAGAAGAAGAAAAAGCCAAAGCCCCUCCUGCAGAAAAGAAAGUUCCCACCUGGAAGCAAAGACAACAAGAAGAGGAGGAAAAGAAAAAGAGGGAGGCUGAAGAAAAAGCCAAAGCACCUGAAAAGAAAGUUCCUGCAUGGAAACAAAGACAACAAGAAGAGGCCGAAAAGAAAAAGAAAGAGGCUGAAGAGAAAGCCAAACCUCCUCUUGCAAAGAAAGCUCCUCCUGAAGAAAAGAAGCCCUCUGUUCCUGGGAAAACUGCCGCUCCUCCGGCAGAAAAGAAAGCUCCGACCGCAGAAAAGAAAGUUCUUCUGGUUGAAAAGGAAGAAAAGGAGCGUGAAGAAGAACAGAAAGCGGAGGCGGAAAAGCUAGUUGUCGAACCUCCUCUAGAAGAGCUUGUGGAAGAGGAAGAGGAGGAAGAGAUCUCAACAGGAAUCUCGGCCUUUGCCGAAGCGCGACAGGCAGCUAUGGAGCAGCAGUCCAUCGAAGUCCGACCUGCGCCCGUGGUCACCAUCGAUGCUUCAGCAUACGCAGCCAUGGCAGUUGCACACUACCCUACCUCUGUGAGGACUUCCCUUGUACAAGACCGCACUCUUAUGUUGAACUGGGACCCGGUGGUUGGCGCAGAGGAUUAUGACGUCAGCUUCGAACCUUGUGGUGACGCCGAAGUGUUCCUGACUGACUACGGUCCCGUCGCCCCCAUGCGGAAGAUCAGGGGACUGAAGCCCUGCAAAACUUACAAGAUCACCGUCGCGGCCAAGAAAGCCAACAAGGAGAGAACAAAGGAAAGUGAAUCGGUCACGGUCACGACUAAAGCUCUCCCGUCGCCCUCUGAAUUCCGCGCCAUCCGAUGCCUGGACAACAAAGUACUGUUUGGUUUUGACGCCGUCUACGGCGCCACUAGCUACAUCGUGGGUACUGACUCCAAGGAGGGCGUGUCCAGAGUGACCAGGAUGGACUAUGACCGUGUAGAGGUGGAGAUCACCGACCUGCUACCGGCUACAGAGUACCAGGUUACAGUCACGGCGCAGGGACCCAAGGGUGUGAGCGCGCCGUCUAAAUACUUCACCAUCGGAACAAAGGUGAUAACCGAGCCUGAGAACCUGGUCGCCAAGGCUGACUCUGAGAACGACAUGACCGUUACGUGGUCACAUGUCAUAGGAGCUACAGACUACGAAUUCCACAUCACCCCUGAAGGCAAGGUUAAGGAGGCCGGCUCGACUACCCGGAAGGUCUCAGGUUUAAAGCCGGGAGUCGAGUAUAGGAUCGCCGUUGCCGCGAAGAAAGGCGAGCUCGUCGGCUCAUCUGCCAUUACUAGAAGCUUUACCAAAGCGUUGGCAAGACCUGAGAGUAUGCGCUGCGUGUCCGCCUCUGACACGUCAGUGACAGUGGCCUGGAACCGAGUCCAGGGUGCUACCGGAUAUGACGUAGAGACCAGACCUUCCGGUGGAACCGCCGUCACGCCUAAGCUUCCCGGUGCUCCGGAGAGAGAGAUCACCGGUCUGAGGCCCGCCACGGAGUACGAGAUUAUCAUCACCGGCAGGAGCUCCAGAGGGGACGGGCUGGCAUCUAAACCACUCAAGAUUAAAACCAAAGCAUUCGGUGCUGUCUCGAGCAUCCGACUAUCUGAAUGCACCGACACCAAAGCACUCAUCCGCUGGUCACCUGUGAACGGAGCGACGUCGUACGACGUCAAACUUGACCCGUCCGAGGGGAGAAUACGUCAGACGAACGGUUCUCAGAGCCCGGAGCGACAGGUGACCGGGCUGUCUCCCAACAAGGAGUACAGCGUCAUCAUCAUACCCAAGAGCGCCAGCGGAGAGGGCUCUGUCAACAAACCUUUCUCCUUCACUACCAUGGCACUAUCGUCGCCAACUAAUAUCAAGGUGACUGACAUCACUGAAGAAGGCAUGAGCCUGACGUGGGACGAGGUGCCCGGUGCGUACGACUACACCGUGUGGAUGGACCCUCCGGGAGCGACUAUUAUUGCUGGGCCGAGGGGUGACAAGGCCCCCGAGAGGCACAUCAGCCGGCUCAAGUCUAAUAAAGAGUACACCAUCACCAUUGUGGCGGAGAGUCCCAGGGGAAACAGUUGCCGUAGCGACCCUAUUGAGGUGACUACAGAAGCCUUACAUGGACCUACGGGCCUGAAGACCACCAACAUCACCCAGACCGGGAUGCGGCUGUCCUUCAACCCCGUUGCUAACGCGCGCGACUACGAGGUGAUCCUGAGGCCGCGGCUCGGGAACGUGUUCGCGCCCGGCCGAGGUAACGACCCCUCUCAGCCGGAGAGAAUCAUCGAGGAUCUGAAGCCCAACACGGAGUACGACAUCUCCGUUAUUGCCAUCACCACGAAGGGCGUCAAGAGCGAGGUCUCCAAGAGCAUCAAGAGGAGGACCUACGGAACCGGCCGGAGGAAGAGGAAGAGAAGGAGGAACACCGAGAAGGAUCGCCAGCGCCGGCGGGAGAGGAGGAAGGCUGCCCGGGAGAGCAAACGCAAAGGCCUGGCGCGGAGGAGGCGGGCAACCAUCAAGAAGAAGUGGCGCAGGAGGAAGAAGAACUCCUUCUACAAGAAGCCUUGGCGCUUUGGGUGGCAAUAGAGAUAACCUACUCGAGUUGCAGGAAUAAGAAUCAAAGAUGAUCUGACCUAGAUGUACACGUUAGGAAAGAGACGUUUAGCCUGUCAAAAUACUUCAAAUAAAUUGAGAGGGAGAGGCGAAUGCUUUAAUGUUGCACAACUAAAAGUGACAAGGGGCAUGUGAGCUGUAGUAGAAUAAAAGAUCUAUUCUUUUAUUGAUGGCAUGGGAACUAUAUUAUAAGGAAUGGGAUGGGACGCAAUAGAAUGGGGUGCAAAGAAAAAUCUCUACCAAACUUUCCGCUCACGACAACAGCUCGCAUAGUGUAAAUUAAAAGGGCGCCUUUCUCUUGAAUAUUUUGUACUCUAUACUUUCACAGAGAAGUAUAUGGAAAAGUUUUUAUGGCUCAAGAUGGAAAAUAGAGUACGGUCUAGGCAAACGAGUGACCUUUUCAGGAAUCUUUAAUGUAGACUUGAACAGUAUCUACGACAAUCAGUAACCUCCUCCCCACCCCCCACCCAAAAAAUUGUAGGACGUCCCAAAUGUGACCGCACUAGGUGUUACCUGUAAGCUAUUGGAGGGUGAAAGUUGUCCAUAUCGGAGGCCUUCCUGUAUAUGUUGAGGGAACAAAUGGCAAAUGUAACGUUACGUGCUAUUCUUACAAAGAAUUUGCUCUCGCUGCAUCUUUACUUCAUCACUAUACUAACCAAUCGUUAACAGAAACUACUUAAACAGUAGAAAAUAGGAGAUUUGCGACAAUCUGGCUUUGCAAAUUACUAAAGGUGUUUUGUUUCUAGUCGUUUAAUGUUUUGGAGUUAACAUUUCACUAAUUCAUCGUUUACCAUCAAUAUUGUUUUUGUUUCUCAUACUUUAUGAAGCGAAGUGCCCUUGUAGUCAGCAUAGUAGUAGACAUUGUUGAGAAUCUGUUAUGUACGGUUAAGCGAGGUGUGACAUUGUUAUUUUGUGUAUUGUUGAUCACUGCAUACUUCAUACGAACACUGAGAAGUAUUGUCAAAGAAAACGUCAUCUUAACUCAUGGCAAAAAAUCGGAAGACACUCUUCCAGAUACUCAUAUCUAACUUCAGACAAUAUGUAGUGAUAGAGUCACGACUAAGUGAUGACUGCUGUAGUCUUUGGUGUUUCUGUUAUAGUUUGUUUCAAUACUUUAAGUCUUACUUGUGUAAUGUUCGCUAAGGUUGAUUUGUGUAGAGUUAGUGUUUUGCAAAAGAAUUAGAUGCAUGACAAUUCUUGGUUUGUGGUGUAAGUUGGCUGCUAUAAGAAGAACUAGACGCUGAUAGAAGUACCAUGCUGCUCUCCCAGAAGCCUCGUAUUAGUAAGGUCAAUUUGUAAGCAUUGUUUGCUUAAUUCGACUUUUGGUGGACAUGGGUGAGUUAUGUACUUACGUUCUUUUGCUUGGAUGAUUCGUGAUCAGUUGAAAACAAAGCAGCUAUAUCUACUUAAGGCGACUAUAGAUUUAAACCUUUAUAUGGCAAUCUGUAUUUUAAUACUGAAAACAGCGACAGCGAAUUGCAAGGACAGUUGGUUUGAGAGUAUGUAGCAGAGAACCAAAAAUUGGAAAGUUGACAACCUUAAACAACUGUCGUUGUACUUGUAGUGUGUUUACACAUGACGUCACAGCUUAUGGAUAUGAUUAACCAACUUACCAACAUGGCGGUACAAAAAUGUAAUGUACUAUAACAUGAAAUGUACACCAGGCAUGUUUAAGUAAACGAAAUCAACUUUCAGGACACUUUUUCAAGUAAUGGCUUCGCAUGUGUUUUCUUGGGUCCGCCAUUUUGUUUGGUUGAUUACGUCAAAGUCACGUGAGUGCAGACACCUACACCAAUCAAGUUGCCUCGACUUGGUACUUUGGAACAUUGUUGUGUCAAUCAAUUUGCAAAAAAUAGGCGCGGUAGUUGUCAACUUUCUAUUGCUGCUAGGAGAAAUAAUUUUGGCAAUCAUUGAGAACGCAUUUCAGAAUCAGGCAGGUUCCUCCUACCUCAGUGUGGAGUUUCCAAUAUGGGACCAGUACUGUUUGGUGAGACAACCAGACCGAGCUUUGUGUGGCCUACAUGUAGGUAAAGAGAUUAAACUGCGGAUCUGAACCUCCUCAAAUCAACUGUCCGAGCAGACCUAAUAAUGAAAUGAAUUAUCUUCAUUAAGAGUUCCACCUGUCCAACUUGCUGUUAUGAGUCAAGGAAAUAAAAGUUGCUGUGGGUUGUACGCA